GCCCUUCUUGACCAUAUAUGGCCUGUCUGGCGGUUUGGCAAGCGGGUACAUCCACCCGGCGAAAAGUGGACACGAGACGGUGGUGUGCUCCUGAGACCAGUAAUUCAUUUUUAGCCCUGUAUAGCCAUGCCGUCGGACUUGGCCAAGAAGAAGGCAGCAAAGAAGAAGGAGGCUGCCAAGGCCCGUCAGCGAACCAAGAAACCUGAUGAUGUAAACGAGGAGAGUGAACAACCAGAGCCCCAACGCAAUGGAGCAGAGAGCAAUGGUAUUGCCAGUUUGACAAAAGAGCUAGAUGAAUUCGAACUGCGAAAGACGGAGGCGCGGGCGGUGACGGGCGUUCUAGCCUCACACCCCAACAGCACUGAUGUCCACAUUAGCAGCCUGUCACUCACCUUCCAUGGUCAGGAGCUGCUCGCUGACACCAGCCUGGAGCUCAACUCGGGCAGACGCUAUGGUCUCAUUGGCCUUAAUGGCACAGGAAAGUCCAUGCUGUUGUCAGCCAUUGGGCAUCGUGAGAUUCCCAUCCCAGAGCAUAUAGAUAUUUACCACUUGACCCGGGAGAUGGCCCCCAGUGAAAAGACCGCUCUGCAGUGUGUCAUGGAGGUGGAUGAACAAAGGAUUAUGUUGGAGAAAGAGGCUGAGAGACUUGCCCAUGAGGACUCGGAGUGUGAGAAGCUGAUGGAGCUGUAUGAGCGUCUGGAGGAGCUUGAUGCAGACAAGGCAGAGAUGCGAGCCUCUCGAAUCCUCCAUGGUUUAGGUUUCAGUGCUGCAAUGCAGCAGAAGAAACUAAAGGACUUCAGUGGAGGAUGGAGGAUGCGUGUUGCUCUUGCCCGAGCUCUGUUCAUCAAGCCCUUCAUGUUGUUGUUGGAUGAGCCCACUAACCACUUGGAUCUGGACGCCUGUGUGUGGUUGGAGGAAGAGCUCAAGUCGUUCAAGCGAAUCCUUGUGCUGAUCUCACACUCUCAGGACUUCCUGAACGGUGUCUGCACCAAUAUUAUCCACCUGCAUCAGAGAAAACUGAAAUACUACACGGGUAACUAUGACCAAUAUGUAAAGACCAGAGAGGAGCUGGAAGAGAACCAGAUGAAGCGCUUCAACUGGGAACAGGACCAGAUAGCACACAUGAAGAAUUACAUUGCCAGGUUUGGUCACGGCUCUGCGAAGCUGGCACGACAGGCUCAGAGCAAAGAGAAAACACUGCAGAAGAUGGUGGCAUCAGGCUUGACUGAACGAGUUGUGAAUGACAAGACUCUGUCAUUUUAUUUUCCUCCCUGUGGGAAGAUUCCUCCUCCUGUUAUCAUGGUUCAAAAUGUGAGCUUCAAGUACAGUGACAGCACACCGCACAUAUAUAAGAAUCUUGAGUUUGGUAUUGACUUGGACACACGAGUGGCUCUGGUGGGACCUAAUGGAGCUGGGAAGUCCACGCUAUUGAAGUUGCUGAUGGGAGAGCUCCUACCCACCGAUGGUAUGAUCCGCAAACAUUCUCACGUCAAGAUCGGCAGAUAUCACCAGCAUCUGACAGAGCAGCUGGAGCUGGACCUGUCUCCUCUGGAGUAUAUGAUGAAGUGUUUCCCUGAGAUCAAAGAAAAGGAAGAGAUGAGGAAGAUCAUCGGACGCUACGGUUUGACAGGGAAGCAGCAGGUCAGUCCCAUCAGGAACUUGUCAGAUGGCCAGAAGUGUCGAGUGUGUUUUGCUUGGCUGGCCUGGCAGAACCCUCACAUGUUGUUCCUUGACGAGCCCACCAAUCACUUGGACAUAGAGACCAUCGACGCGUUGGCCGAGGCCGUCAACGAGUUCGAGGGUGGGAUGAUGUUGGUUAGCCACGACUUCAGGCUAAUUCAGCAGGUGGCCCACGAGAUCUGGGUGUGCGAAAACCAGACCAUCACAAAGUGGAAUAGGGACAUCCUGGCAUACAAGGAGCAUUUGAAAUCCAAGAUCGAAAAGCAAGCGCAUGACAUCUAAAAGCAACAAUCGCACUCUGAGCCACUCCUUUAUCUUGCAUCAAGGAUUCGACCAGCGAGCUCCUGAAAGGGGGCGAGCAGGGUUUGCAUCACAGGAAAAAGUCCCAACUAGAACUCAAACGAUCUCUUAUGCAUCUUAUUGGACCCAUCUGUUGUACACGUUGUACUGUAUUUCCAUUUCAGUUUGACAGUGCUGAACCUGCCAAUCCCCCCCCCCCCCCAUCCCCCAAUCCCCCACCCUACUCCUUCACCUCAGGCUGCACUCUAAUUGGCUGAUUCACACGCAGCAUUUCAGUGCAUUUUGGAAUGCAUUUCAUUGUGCUGUUUUCAUAGGGAAAGUUUUAUUUUUCCAAAUAUUCAGUUUUACCCCAAACAUGUAUGCAGCAGCUUUUAGGUCAUAUUUUAUGAUAUUUAAAAGUUGACUUUUUCUGUGUAAAAGAGCAUUUCUGCCUUAUUUAACAAUGUAAUGCAAUAAAGGUUUGUCAGAAUAAACAGAACGUAACAACAUUCAGGUUGAGAGGACUUUAUUAAUCCUAAACUUGGUGAAUACAGUGCUUGUAUCCAAAAAUUAACAGCUUUUGGGAAAAUAAACUAUUGUACAUCUCUGUAAACAAGAGAAAACGAGUGUUGAAAGACUUUCCUUUGGAUUCUGGCUGGUGAGCCCCAGGGCUGCAUAGAUCCGACCUUGUCCCAGCCUCUGCACAUCAACUAUGCCCCAAAUCUAUCCAACACAAACUGACCAGGAUACUCAUUUUGGAACUCAUACAAAAGAGAUAAAAGUUAGUGUGAAUGGUGGAACACCUGAGCAAACAAUACUUAUUUCUGUUAAAUUACACUUGCAACCUUCAGAAAGGUGUAUUGAACAUAGUGCAAGUAACAAUAUCACUGUUAAAGUAUAAAACAAGUCUACAGUUCUGUACCAAAAACCCAGUGUUUCGUAAGUCUCAGAUUUGGGACAUGGCCUAUAUGCAAGCUGUUCUCCUGAUCUGUGAUGGCUGGGUAUCCAAACAUUGGCAUUUCUUGGUAUAAUUAAAAGAAGGUACUGCCACAGACUUUUACAAAACAUCUGCUUAAGACAAUGUGUCUCCAGGACUUUAAAAUAACAGGUAAAAAAAAAUGCCUCAAAUCAUACAUCCAUAUAGUCAUUUCACAAGUAAUGAAAUCAAAUGGUUCAUCCCCAUAUCUUCUGAAAUCAACAGUAAAACUGGAAAAAAAAAAUAGUGGCAUUGGUUCUUCCUGUGUUAAGACAAAUCUAAAUCUUUUUGUUGAAUUUAAAGCAGAACAUGAACCAUCACUGACCGUCAACAUUAACUGCAGCAGUAUAUCUUUGUGUUAAUGUCAUUUACAGUUUCAAAUGAAAUAAUUGGCAUUUACACAUAAAUAAUUAGACUUCAUUUUGAUUAGAAUGAGAAAAAUG